UUCGGUUUCAAGAGUUCGAGAGCAAAACAUAUGAAGUAUGAUCUCGUAUAACAUAUAUCUUUAGAGUAUGACAGGUGUGAAGUAUUCUAGGAAGUUCGCACUCUGCACCCGAAAGCGGCUCUGGGGCUCAGUGGUUUUGACAUUUAUUAUUAAUUUGACAACAAUUACUAAACAUAACCUUACUUUUGUUUUUGCCGGCUAAAAUUUGUUUUUGUUGAUUAAUUUGUUCGUAGUUUGUAAUAUUUGAAAGAUUUUUUAAUGAAUUCUCAUUGCUUUUUAUAAAUGAACUAGAACUAUGUGUGGUAGAGGCAGCAAUACACGUUUCAAAGACAAAAAAGGCAAAGAUAUCGACGAUGGGUUUGAUCAUUGGGGAGGCUACAUGGCAGCUAAAAGAGCCAAACUUCUCGACCAAUUUCACAGCGACAACAUAGUAAAACUGUCUGAUAUUUUCUCUGGGGUUCGUAUUUUGGUGAACGGCCUUACUCAUCCGACAGCAGCGGAACUAAAGAAUCUUAUGGCAACUCAUGGAGGAGAGUUUCAUAUGUAUCAAACCUCGAACACUACCCAUAUUAUAGCUUCUAACUUACCAAAUGUUAAGAUAAAACAUUUGGGAGCAGUUCCAGUAGUAAAACCAGCCUGGAUAACAGAAAGCAUUGCCCUAAACAAACUCCUAGAUUAUUCAAGAUAUCUACUCUACACUAAUCAAUCACGACUUCAGCCAGCCCUUAAUUUUCCUGUAAUAUCAAAUCAGAAAUUUGAAACAGCCUCUGAGUUUCUUGAAAAAACAAAAACCUCAACCGAAACAACUUUCAGCACAGCUACUAAAACAGCCUCGGAUCCGAAAUUCCUUGAAGAAUUUUACAGUAACUCACGCUUGCAUCUUAUAGCAACUCUAGGGGCUGAAUUUAAACUACUAGUCGGCCAGUUAAGAGACAAGUCUGAUGGCAAGUUUCCUGGCAGAGAAAAGCUUAUUGUGGAAAAAGGAAAAUUGCCUUCCACUGUUCCACAAUCAAUCAUAAUGCACAUAGAUAUGGAUUGUUUCUUUGUAUCUGUUGGUCUUCGAAAACAUCCAGAAUUAAAGGGAAAACCUGUAGCGAUUACUCAUGCGCGUAGUGGUGUUAUAAAUUCAAAUGAUCCUUCCAAACAAGCUGCCAGAGAUCAAGAAUUUGCUUUGUACCAGGAACGCUUGCCAGAAGGAAAGACGUCUAGAGUUGUGGAUAUCACUCAGAAAAUUGACGGUUUGGCAUCCAUGUCCGAAAUAGCCAGCUGCAGUUACGAAGCUAGAAAGUACGGAUUGAAAAAUGGUAUGUUUUUGGGACAAGCUAUUAAGUUGUGUCCCGAAUUGAAAACUUUGCCAUACGAUUUUGAGGGCUACAAAGAGGUUUCCAACACCCUCUACAACACAGUGGCCUCUUACACUUUGGAUAUCGAAGCUGUCAGCUGCGACGAAAUGUAUGUAGACGUGAAGCAAAUUUUACUAGACACUGGCCUAUCUGUUGACGAAUGGGCCACACAUAUAAGGAAUGAGAUUAUGGAGGUUACAGGAUGUCCUUGUUCAACUGGUUUUGGGUCUAACAGACUCCAAGCUAGGCUAGCUACAAGAAAAGCCAAACCAGGUGGUCAGUAUUACUUAGAACCUCAAAACGUAGAAAGCUACAUGUCCGAAAUCCCAUUGGCCGAUUUACCAGGAGUUGGUAGCGCUACUUUGGCAAAAUUACGGAAUUUGGCUUACAAUAUGUGUGGGGAAUUACAGAGUGGCUCUUUGAAAAGUUUACAGUUGGAAUUGGGUAAUAAAUUGGGAGAAAGGAUUUGGGAUCAGGCUCAUGGUAACGAUAAUAAGCCUUUGGAUUAUCAUCAUGAAAGGAAGUCAAUUUCGGCUGAGAUAAAUUAUGGUAUAAGAUUCAAAACUAAAGAAGAAUGUUACAAUUUCAUACAAAGCCUCUCAAACGAAGUUUCCAAUAGAUUAUCAGACAUUAAUAUGAAAGCUAGAGGGCUCACAUUGAAAUUAUUAGUUCGAGCUGAAGGGGCGCCAGUGGAAACAGCCAAAUUCCUCGGCCACGGGGUUUGCGACGUCAUAAACAAAAGCAGCCCCAAUAAUAUUUUCUUUUCAAACGCCGACAUUAUUUACAGGGAGGCUAAAGCCGUUUAUGAUAAAUUGAAUGUUCCGUUUGCCGAGUUGAGAGGUGUAGGCAUACAUUUGAGCAAAUUAGAGAAGAAUGCCCCGAUAAAUAAUCCUUUGAGUGAUUUUUUGAAACAAGGAGUAGUCAAGAAAGUAAAACCUAAUUUGGAUGUAGAAGAAUCGCCUAUUAAAAGUCUAGAAAGUUCUACAAGUAAGGUUGGAGCUUCUAGUGGUACUAAAUCUAGUAGUGUUAAAAGCAUGAAUGUCAAAUCUAGAGGGAAGGCUACUCGAGGGAAAAGAGGCAAAGGGCCAGGAACAAGCAGGAUAAUGCAUACAUUUUUAGAACGGUCUAAAAGUGAUAAUGGUGGUCAAGGUGAAGAGGCAACACUUUUCAAACUUAGAAGCCAAAUAGAUAUGGAUGUCUUGAAGGAACUUCCUGAGGAUAUACGUCGAGAAGUUAUGAAAGAGUACAGGUUCGAUAUAAAUCCGCCAGUCGAUUUGGAAAAGUCACAAAAGCCUGAUGUGGCUAAGCCAAAAAAUAUGGGAAAUUUAUCUGAAACUAGUCAAAGGACCAAAUACUCGCCUUUUGCCAAUCAAACCUGGGAACAAAUAAAAGAAGGCAUCAAAAUUUGGAUAAAAUCCGAAACAGAUCCGUCAAAUGUGGACGUGGAAAUGCUCGCAGAUCAUUUGAGGCAAUUAGCUUUGGAUAGGCGCAUUGAAAUAUUGCAGAGUUGUUUCAAUUUUCUUCAUAGAAAUUUCUCAAAAUUGAGCUGCUCUUGGCAUCAAGCUUACUUUUCAUUGGUUGACGCUGUGCAACAAGGUAUGGUGGCAAGAUAUGGAAAAGUCUUACACCUGGAACGAGAAUUCUUUUGUUGCCAUAUCCAUUAGUAGGUUGUUGAAAGGCACUUAAUUACUGAUAAUAAAGAAUAAUAUUUUUUUUUGUGAUACAUUUAAAUGAAACGUGAUACAUUUAUAUGAAACGUUAGAAUUACAUGUUUAAUUUUUUAAUAAAGAGUUUUCAAAUUUGUCCAAUUUUCAUUGUUCAAAAUUCAAUUCCACCACCAUUACAGACAUAGUGUUUUAUUAGUAAUACAUUUACAAAAAGAAAAUGGCACAAAAUUAAUUUUGUAUAUCACACCCUAAUAUUACUUUUUCUGAUCUUUCUUAUCAGAAUCAACCUUCUUUUUUUUCUGUGCUUUAUCUAAAGAAAAAACCCUUUGAUCGUGCAUGUAGUUGUUCAAAUCAUAAUAUGUCCACGAGUGGGUCCUGUGAUACAGAUUAUCGCGCUGUUGCUUUUCCAAUUUGGGACUCGCAGCUUCAAAAGCCUUGGGGACUACUUUUGAUAUGUUGUAGGCUUCUAUUUUUUCCAUGAGUUCAUUAUUGAUUUUGUCACUAGCACAAGAACUAUCCAUUUUGUUUUCGUCAGUUUUGUCACAGCAUUCAUCUUAAAUUAGAUUCACUUUAAUAAUUUUAGAAUUAUUCAAUUCAUAUUUACCUGUUUCAUUGUUAUUUGUUGAAUAACGUCUUACUCCUUUAGGAUUAUCAUUAUCGGGAUCGUUGCCUGGUUUUUUUGGAGGAGUUUUAUUGCUUUUUAUAAUUUUGGAAUAAAAGUUUGCCUUGCCAAUAGAAUUCAUAGUUUUGCUAGUGUUUUUAUCAAUUUCAUUGACAUCCUUCACUUUUGACGUUUCAAGUAUAUCAUUUGAGUGCUGUUCGUUACAACGUUUUUGGAAUUCU